CCUUCCUGGCGAAAAGGCAGCCGUGACUUCAGCGCCUCCCGCGCCAAAAUGGCGCUUGUUACGGGAAUUAUCCGGCGUCUGGACGAGACUGUGGUAAACCGCAUCGCGGCAGGGGAAGUUAUCCAGCGGCCGGCUAAUGCCAUAAAGGAGAUGAUUGAAAACUGUUUAGAUGCAAAAUCCACAAAUAUUCAAGUGGUUGUUAAAGAAGGAGGCCUGAAGUUGAUUCAGAUCCAAGACAAUGGCACUGGGAUUAGGAAAGAAGAUCUGGACAUUGUGUGUGAGAGAUUCACAACAAGUAAACUACAGUCCUUUGAGGAUUUAGCUACUAUUUCUACCUAUGGUUUCCGGGGUGAGGCAUUGGCCAGCAUAAGCCAUGUAGCACAUGUUACAAUUACAACCAAAACAGCUGAUGGGAAGUGUGCAUACAGGUAUAGUACUUCUGAAAGGCAGACUAAGCAUAAUGCAAAACUCUGUAUUGGAAAUAAACAAACCCAGAUUCAGGUGGAAGAUCUGUUUUACAACAUAACCACAAGAAGGAAAGCUUUAAAAAAUCCAAGUGAAGAAUACGGCAAAAUUUUGGAAGUUGUUGGCAGAUAUUCAAUACACAAUUCAGGCAUUAGCUUUUCAGUUAAAAAACAAGGUGAAACAGUAGCUGACAUCAGAACACUACCCAAUGCCACAACUGUGGACAAUAUUCGCUCCAUCUUUGGGAAUGCAGUUAGUCGAGAGCUGAUAGAAGUUGAGUGUGAGGAUAAAACUCUAGCUUUCAAGAUGAAUGGCUACAUAUCCAAUGCAAAUUACUCUGUGAAGAAGUGCAUUUUCUUACUCUUCAUCAACCAUCGUCUGGUAGAAUCAACUUCCUUGAAAAAGGCCAUAGAAACAGUAUAUGCAGCAUAUUUGCCCAAAAACACACACCCAUUUCUGUACCUCAGUUUAGAAAUUAGCCCCCAGAAUGUGGAUGUCAAUGUGCACCCCACAAAGCAUGAAGUUCACUUCCUACAUGAGGAGAGCAUCUUGGAGCGGGUACAGCAGCACAUUGAAGGCAAACUCUUGGGUUCCAACUCUUCCAGGAUGUACUUCACCCAGACUUUGCUACCGGGACUUGCUGGCCCUUCUGGAGAGGUAGUUAAGUGCACAUCUGGUGUGACCUCUUCAUCUACAUCUGGAAGUGGUGACAAGGUCCAUGCUUACCAGAUGGUCCGAACAGAUUCCCGGGAACAGAAGCUGGAUGCCUUUCUGCAGCCUGUGAGCAAGGCCCAAGCCAGUCAGCCCCUGGCCACUGUUGCAGGGGAUAGGAAGAACAGCUGUAGUGGUGAGGCCAGGCAGCAAGACGAGGAGAUGCUUGAACUCCCAGCCCCUGUUGAAGUGGCUGCCAAGAAUCAGAACUUGGAGGGUAAAGCACUAGAGGGGGCUUCUUCAGAUACAGCACAAAAAGGAGUCCCACCAACCAGCCCAGGCAACCCCAGAAAGAGGCAUCGGGAAGAUUCUGAUGUGGAAAUGAUGGAAGACGAUUCCCAGAAGGACAUGACAGCAGCUUCUACCCCUCGGAGAAGGAUCAUUAACCUCACCAGUAUUUUAAGUCUCCAAGAAGAAAUUAGUGAUCGGGGACAUGAGACUCUACGAGAAAUGCUCUGUAACCACUCCUUUGUGGGUUGUGUGAAUCCUCAGUGGGCGUUGGCUCAGCAUCAGACCAAGCUGUAUCUUCUCAACACCACCAAACUUAGCGAGGAGCUAUUCUACCAGAUUCUCAUCUACGACUUUGCCAACUUUGGUGUUCUGAGGUUAUCGGAGCCAGCCCCACUCUUUGACCUCGCUAUGCUUGCCUUAGACAGUCCUGAGAGUGGCUGGACAGAGGAAGAUGGCCCCAAGGAAGUACUUGCUGAAUACAUUGUUGAGUUUUUGAAGAAGAAGGCAGAGAUGCUUGCAGACUACUUCUCUUUGGAAAUUGAUGAGGAAGGGAACCUGAUUGGAUUACCCCUUCUGAUUGACAACUAUGUGCCCCCUUUGGAAGGACUGCCUAUCUUCAUUCUUCGACUGGCUACAGAGGUGAAUUGGGAUGAAGAAAAAGAAUGUUUUGAAAGCCUCAGUAAAGAAUGCGCUGUAUUUUACUCCAUCCGGAAGCAGUAUAUAUCGGAAGAGACAGUCCUCUCAGGCCAGCAGAGUGAAGUGCCUGGCUCCAUCCCAAAAUCCUGGAAGUGGACUGUAGAACACAUUGUCUAUAAAGCUCUCCGCUCACACCUUCUGCCACCUAAGCAUUUCACAGAAGAUGGUAAUGUCCUGCAGCUUGCCAAUCUGCCAGAUCUAUACAAAGUCUUUGAGAGGUGUUAAGUGUGGUUCAUUAAUGGACUCUAGGGUCUUUUAUUCUUCCUCUGUAUCCCAAUGUUGUUGGUGAAGAGACUUAAGGUACAAGAUUUUCAAUUGCCUUCUAGCACCCUUUCAUGUCUUAAUUGACUACAAAUAAAUUGUCAAAUGUGU